AUCAUUUAUCGAUGCAAUCCGGGGAGAGCUCCCUCGUUUCGAUGUUUGUUUACCGAGAAAACGGAGCUAGGAAGGGCAGGAAAGAAAAAAAGUUAUAAUUUUUGCGUACUUGUUUGCUUUCGAAGAAUUGGAAAAUCUAAUGAACCUCGACGAGGAACUGCCUCAUGCAGAGAUUAGUAAUCCUAAAGGUAAAAGUCGUAUAUAACUUAUAAUCAUGCCAGAUGUGCAGGCACUCGUGAAUGAGUUUGUUAAGAAGCUUAAAAAACGUAAGAUUGAGGGCUCACAGGCUACGGCGAGGCAGACAGCUGAAUUGCUUCGGUCAGUAAUUUCACAGCAGCGAGUGCCAUACACAAACCAGGCUGGAGCUCUUAUCAAUGCGGUGAAGGCUGUUGGGGAGCAGCUGAUUGCUGCAAAUCCUGUUGAGCUUGCUGUUGGCAAUAUCGUGAGGCGUGUCUUGCAUAUUAUUCGAGAGGAGGAUCUUUCUCUUGCGACAGAUGCUAUUGCUGGGUUGAAUUUAUCAGCUGUAAGUGAUGAUGAAGAUGAUGUUGAUAGAGCUGAUCACCCAGUUUUAUCAGCUGCUGUUGUUGCUGCAGCUGCAAGAAGCACUCUGCGUCCACCUUCACUGCAAACCCUCCUUGAGGAUGUGCCUGACUCAGCAGCUGUUCCCCACACUUCUUCUUCUGGGGGUGAUUCUGAGGGAAAGAGCAAAUCUGCUGAUAAAAGUUCAAGGAGUAGGAAGCUAAAGCAUGAUGUUAUCGAGGCAGUCAAUGAACUUAUUCAAGAUAUUGUCACCUGCCAUGAACAGAUUGCAGAGCAAGCAGUGGAGCAUAUUCAUCAAAAUGAGGUAAUAUUAACUUUAGGCAGUUCGAAAACAGUGAUGGAGUUUCUUUGUGCUGCAAAAGAGAAAAAAAGAUCUUUUCGGGUAUUUGUUGCUGAGGGUGCCCCGAGGUACCAAGGGCACAUUCUUGCAAAAGAAUUGGUUGCGCGAGGUUUACAAACCACAUUGAUCACUGAUUCUGCAGUAUUUGCCAUGAUUUCCCGAGUGAACAUGGUCAUUGUUGGAGCUCAUGCUGUCAUGGCCAAUGGUGGGGUCAUAGCACCUGUUGGAUUGAAUAUGGUAGCACUUGCAGCUCAAAGGCAUGCUGUCCCUUUUGUUGUACUUGCUGGAAGUCACAAGCUGUGUCCCUUGUAUCCACACAAUCCGGAGGUCUUAUUAAAUGAACUGAGAUCCCCAUCUGAGCUCCUGGAUUUUGGGGAAUUCUCAGAUUGUUUGGAUUUUGGAAGUGGCACCAGUUCCCCUCUUCUUCAUGUUGUCAAUCCUGCGUUUGACUAUGUGCCACCAAAGCUUGUUAGUCUGUUUAUUACCGACACAGGAGGGCAUAACCCAUCAUACAUGUACCGGCUUAUCGCUGAUUAUUACUCUGCUGAUGACUUGGUGGUGCGACGGCCACCAGCUUCUUGAAAUUGAAUUUAGAUUUCUCUGUUUUUAAUAUCUAUUGAUUUUCAGGUAGUUAAAUACAGAAUCCAUCUGGGAAGGAGAAAUGAAAUUCAAAUGGUGCUGGUGAUGGGGCUGCAAGAAACUUGUGCCAAAGCAGUCAUAGAGUUUUAGGUAGGAUGUGAAACAAAAAGGUGAGGAAGACGGGCAAAUGGAAUGGUGAUUUUUGGAACUCUAAUGAGUGUUGAGGAUGAAAGCUGUAAUGAGAUGAAUGGACAGACGGGAGCCAAGUGAUUUAUGUUGUGAUGGGAAGUGGACGAGAGCUGAAAUUGUAGCAGAACAGACAGAACUAAGUGAUAAAAUGCCUGGAAAUUUCAGGUUUAAAUUAUGGAACAGAAGUUGUGUUGCUUUUGUUUGUAUAACUUGGUAGCUGUCUGCGUUUGAGGAUUCUGGGAAGAUAAUUUUUUGUUUUCGCUAUGGAACAGUUCUAUCUAAUACAAGCACUACAAAUAAUUUGUCAUC